GAAAGUUUAAUUAAUAUUGUGAGUGUCUCUACAAAUUAAGCCAUCAUUAGCUACCAAAAUGGACUGUUGGGCUUUGAGUAAGCGUAACUCAUGGUUAUAUUUGUCGUCGAUGAUACAUAUUCUUAUGAUCUGGAAAGCACAAGGAGAUUGUAUAGAAGAGGAGAGAAAGGCACUACUUGACAUCAAAGCCUCCCAUAUCAACUUAUAUGAUUCCAAAAUGGAUCAUUUUCUUCCCACCUGGGUUGAUUAUGGCAGCAGUACCCCUGGGGAUGGUGGCGGCAACUGUUGUGAUUGGCAGAGGGUCAACUGCAACACAACCACCGGACAUGUCACAGAGCUUUCUUUGUUCAAUUUGAGAGAGAGAGACGUUUACAGGGAUCAAUUCGAGCGCAAGUUGUGGCCAUUGAAUGUUUCCUUGUUUCUUCAUUUUAAAGAGUUGACAAGUCUCAAUUUGUCAUAUAAUUUUCUUGAUAAAGAAAUUAUAAAGACAGGACUUGAAAGGUUGUCGAGUCUGAAGAAAUUGGAGGAACUAGACCUCAGCAGGAAUGAUGAUAUUGACAACGACAUCCUUCCAUCUUUGACCACACUUACUUCACUCAAAAUCUUGAAUCUUAGCUACACUAGCUUGAAUGGAAACCUCCCUAUCAGUGAAUUUGCAGCUUUAGAGAACUUGGAGAUGUUGGAUCUAAGCAAUUGUCAAUUCAAUGGUACCUUGGAGAUUCAAGCUUCUGAAAGGGUUUCCAUAUUGACGAAGUUGAAAACUUUAAAUCUUGGGUCCAGCAGACGCUUCAAUCUUUUCGACAAUCAGUUAUCAUGGCCAUUUCCUGCUCAAGCAUUAUCACAUCUGACGAACCUCGAGGAGCUAGAUUUAAGCUAUAGAAGGCUCGUGGGCACACCCAAUAUCCAAGCUUGUAGUAGCUUAUCGAGAUUGAAAAGGCUGGAGAGUAUAAAUCUUUCUGGCAACGAUUUCAACAAGAGUAUCAUAUCAUGCCUAACUGCCCUUCCAUCCCUCAAGAUUCUUGAUCUUUCCUGGUCUAUCACUUCAUUGCGAAGUUCAUUUCCCGUCAAAGCUUUUGCAUCUUUUCACCAUCUGGAGGUCUUAGAUUUGAGUGGCAACUGGUUUGUUGGGAGCGUCCCAUCAGCAAUACAGGCAUUAUCUUCCCUAAGAGCUCUCUCAUUUGCUCGCAAUAAGCUAAACGGAUCAUUACCGGAUCAUGGUUUCUCUAAUUUGAAGAACCUCCAUGAGUUGGAUCUUAGUGGCAACAUGCUCCAUGGAACUCUGCCUCAAUGUUUCAACAAUCUAUCAUCUCUGAGGUUCCUGGAUAUCUCUUCAAAUCAAUUCACAGGGACACUUGUGCCAUCACUCUUUGCUAAUCUCACAUCUCUCGAGUACGUUGAUUUUAGUCAUAACACAUUUGAAGGUUCAUUCUCGUUCAGCUCCUUCGCCAAUCAUUCAAAGCUUGAGGUAAUUCGAUUUUCAAGCGACAAUGACAAAUUUGAGGUGGAAACAGAAGAGCCUAUAGGCUGGAUUCCAUUGUUCCAGUUGGAAAUUCUUGAGCUAUCAAAUUGCUAUAUGAACAAGACCAAAGGACGUGUUAUUCCUGGGUUUCUACUUCACCAGCACAAGUUACGGGAACUAGACAUGUCUCACAACUCCUUGGAGGGACAAUUUCCAAAUUGGUUGAUUAAAAAUAAUAUGAAUCUGGAAGUUCUUAUUCUAAGGAACAACUUGUUUGGCGGUAAGCCGCUGUAUAGGAAUGCUAAUAUGAAGUGGUUGGAUAUGUCUGGAAAUAGCAUGAUAGGUACUAUUCCUGAAAAUAUACCAAAUUUCUUUCCCAACAUAAGUAAUCUGAAUUUUUCCAUGAAUGCUUUAACUGGUGUUAUUCCAUCCUCAAUUGGUAAAUUUAGUAAAUUAUUGGCACUGGAUUUAUCUGACAAUAAGUUAUCAGGAGAAGUACCAAGCGGAUUGUUUACAAAAAUUUCUACUUUGAUGAUCUUAAAACUAUCAAGGAACAAAUUGCACGGGGAGGUACUCUCAGUUAACUUAAGCUGGGGUAUCCUCAAUUCGGUUUACUUAGAUAGCAACCAUUUCACAGGGAAAUUUGGAAAUAAGAGCAGCAAGGAAAACUUUGACUCUCUGACCAGUCUGGAUAUUAGCAAUAACUUGUUUACAGGUAUGAUCCCAGAUUGGAUAAGCAACAUGAGUAGGUUGACUGAACUUGUGGUGAGAAAUAAUAGUUUUGAAGGCAGGUUUCCUUGUGGACCAACUUUAUUCACUUUUCUCGAUAUCUCACAGAAUUCUUUCUCCGGACCCAUCCCGUCCUGUUUGAAUUUGCAAGACAUGGAGCAUCUUCUUUUGGGUUCCAACAGAUUCACUGGAUCGAUACCCAAUUUCUUUCGUAAUUUGACUAAUGUUUUGACUUUAGACAUGGGAGACAACGACUUGUCAGGUAGGAUUCCUAAAUUUAUUGGCGAACUAUCCGAUUUAAGGAUUCUUCUUUUGAGAAAAAAUAACUUUAGCGGUUCUAUUCCCAAGCAGUUGUGCCAGUUAAGUGACGUGGGUUUGUUAGAUUUAUCAUAUAACUCUCUUUCCGGUUCAAUACCUAGCUGCCUACAGAAUAUCACCGGGACUGGCACAGGUUACUUUGAUUUCUUAAAAACAACCCUACUACAGAUUAUCCUUUCUUCCUCUUACCAUUAUGGGAGUAUUCUGCAGGAUUCGGAUUCUACCAAUGUCGGUGUUAGAUCAUUUAGAACACAAGUCGAAGUUGAGUUUACAACAAAAAAGCUCCUUCUCCACUACAAGGGUGACAUCCUUAAUUACAUGACCGGAUUGGAUUUAUCCGGUAACAAACUUACAGGUGAAAUUCCAGAAGAACUAGGGUCGUUGACUCAACUUCGUGCUUUAAACCUGUCUCACAAUCAGCUUACAGGACCCAUUCCAGUGAACUUUUCAAAUCUUGCUAAUAUAGAGAGCUUGGACCUUUCUUCAAAUGGUUUGACCGGCACAGUUCCAUCAUAACUCAUUAAGCUUUCCUCUCUAUCUACUUUCAAUGUUUCUCACAACAAUCUCUCAGGCAGACUCCCAGAAAUGAAAGCACAGUUUGGUACCUUCACAGAGGCAAGCUAUGGAGAGAAUCCACUUCUUUGUGGCCCACCAGUGGAGAAGAAAUGCAUGACUACUAAUUCACAGGUAAUAGAUCCACGAGUUGAAGAAGACAAUGAGAAAUGGUAUGGUAUCGAUAUGACAUGCUUUUAUGCAAGUUCUGGUUCGACGUGUUUUGUGUUCUUAUUGGGAUUUGUUGCACUUCUUUACAUCAAUCCUCAGUGGCGUACAUGGUGGCUACACUCGGUUGAAGUUUGUAUGUUUACAUGUUAUUACUUCUUUUAUGAUUUGGUAAACAAGUUCUCCAUGCCCUUCUGUAAAUAGGAUCUUUAAAUUAAGAAUAUGUGAAUAAAAUAAUACUUGGUUUCA